CUGAAUACAAUUUCUUCUCUAAUACUAAAAUUAUAAUUAAUGCCCCUCAUCUCGCUAAGAUUUUCCUUCUAAUUACUUCAAUUAGCCCAACGAUCAUUAAAAAUUGCCGUUUACACAAAACCUUAUUUUGCAUUUUAGUUUGCAAAAUUUUUAAAGAAGAGGAACAGAAAGGGAUUUUUACUUACGGGCCUAUAUCAGAACCAUCAUCGGAGUAUAUGUCUAUUUGAUUGGAUUGGGAUUGAAGAUGACCAAUCUUGCUAACCAUUACUAGUUUGGAAAUUUUUUUCUGCUUUAUAAGGUUCGGAAUCCCCAUACUACCCCAUAUUUUUUAAAUCUUAAGUUAGAUAUAAUCCAGUCAUAUCAUAUCAACCUUUUCUUUAUAUAUUCAUCUAUAUCAUCAUUAUUUAUUUGCAUUUAAAAACUUCACUUUACUUUCAUAUUAUUUCAUUUAUUAACACUACAAUGACGAACUCUGUUGAAAUAAAGAAUCAAGAUAAACCUUAUUCAAAUCAUGGAAGUAUGAUAAUCCCAUCUGGUCUGGAUCAAGAAUCCAAAUCAACUUAUAACACAACCAUUGAUCCUAAUCAAACUGCCUGGAAAUCAUUCAAAGACUCCUUUAGAAGAGCAGACCCAACCGAUAAAAGUUCAGACUCAAUGGAUAAAGCGAUAUCUCAAAGACAUUUAUGUUUAAUGUCACUUUCAACUGGUUUGGGUACGGGUCUUUUAGUAGGGGCAGGAGCAAAAUUAAGAGCUGCUGGUCCAGCCGGAACUUUAAUAGGUUAUUUCAUAGUAGGGUUCAUCAUGUUGGUCCCAACUGUUCAUUCCGUAAGUGAAUUAAGUAUUGCUUAUCCUGGUUUACCCGGUGGUUUCCAAUCUUAUUUCGCUAAAUUCAUUGAUGAAUCACUUGGGUUUGCCUUGGGUUGGAAUUAUGCUUUCCAAUGGGUUACCGUUAUUUCUUUGGAAUUGGUUACUGCUUCAAUGACAAUUAAAUUUUGGACUACAUCCAUCAAUCCUGAUGUCUUUGUAACUAUAUUCUUUCUCAUAGUUGUAGGUAUAAAUUUAUGUGGUGCAAAAGGUUAUGCUGAAGCUGAAUUAGUUAUGAAUUCCAUUAAAGUUAUGAUGUUAUGUGGAUUUGUUAUCUUUGGUAUUGUCAUUGAUGUAGGUGGUGGUCCACAAGGUUUUAUUGGAGGUAGAUAUUAUCGUGAUCCUGGUGCUUUUACUGAUUUUAAAGGUCUUGUAUCAGUAUUUGUAACUGGUGCUUUCUCAUUAGGUGGUUCAGAAUUUAUUUCUUUAGCUGCCGCUGAAACUAGAAACCCUAGAAGGGCUAUCCAAGUUGCAUCUAAAUUUGUUUAUUAUAAAGUCAUUGUUUUAUUCAUGGGUUCAUUAGCUAUGGUCGGGUUAUUGGUUCCUUAUACAUCCGAUAGAUUAUUAGGUUCAUCCGGUGGUGCAACUCAUGCAUCUCCUUACGUUAUUGCUGCUGAAAUGCAUGGUGUAAAAGUUUUACCUCAUAUCAUUAAUGCAGUUAUUUUAAUUUCAGUUACAUCUGUUGCAACUGCUGCAAUGUAUAGUAGUCCACGUUUAAUUCAAUCUUUAGCCGAACAAGGAUUAGCUCCUCAAUGGCUCAAUUACAUUGAUAGAAGUGGAAGACCAUUAAGAGCAUGGAUCUUGACUGUUAUAUCCACAUUUUUCGCAUAUAUUGCCGCUUAUGAUAAAGAAGAAACUGUUUUUACAUGGUUAUUAUCACUUUCAGCUUUAAGUUUCAUAUUCGUUUGGCUUGCUAUUUGUGUGUGUCAUCUUAGAUUCAGAGCCGCUUUAAAACAUAAUGGUAUCUCAUUAUCAAGUUUAAGUUAUGUUUCUCCUACUGGAGUGAUUGGAUCAUGGUUAUCGAUCAUUAUUAACGUCCUUAUUCUUAUUGGACAAUUCUGGGUUGCUUUAUUCCCUGUCGGUGGAGAUGGCACACCUAAUGCAAAUUCAUUCUUUGAAAAUUAUUUAGCAGUUCCAAUGGCUCUUGUUUGUUAUUUUGGUCAUAAGAUUUAUUCUAAGAAUUGGAAAUUAUAUAAAUCAGUAGAUCAAAUUGAUGUUAAUUCUGAUAGAGUUCAUUAUGAUCCUGAAAUCAUGGAAUUAGAAAGAUUAGAAACAAAAGAAAGAUAUAAAAAGGCUCCUAUUUGGAAGAAAAUCUACAUAACUCUCUUUGAUUAGAUUAAGUAUGUAAAACAGUUUAGAAAUUCACCAAUAUAAAUAUAUGACUGCAAAACAAAAAA